GUCCUGUUUGUCCUCUUUGUCCUGUUGGUCCUGUGUCCUCCAGCUCCCAUGGCCCAGCCUCCUCUCAGCAUGAACCCGGACAGCUUCACCUGCUCCAUCUGUCUGGAGCAGCUCUCGGACCCGGUCACCGUCCCGUGUGGACACAGCUACUGUAUGAGCUGCCUGACGAGACACUGGGACCGUCAGUCUGUGUACUGCUGUCCCCAGUGCAGAGCGUCCUUCAGUCCCAGACCCAAACUGGGACGGAACACGCUGCUGGUGGAGAUGCUGCAGAGACUCGGCUCCGUCCGGCUGAGCCCGGUCCCCUCGGCUCCUCCUCUGCACCAGAGCUUCGAUCACCCCACCUUCGAUGUGUCCUCCGUCCGUCCUGAGGGGACCGACGGAGAACGGCUUGUGGGAAACACCCGGAGACGACUCGCACAGCAGAUCCAAGACCGGGAGAAGGAGAUUCAGCAGCUGAAGCAAAGUCUGCGUUCAUUGUCCCGUCAGACCAAAGACGCGGUGAAGGACAGCAGCAGGAUCUUCUCCGAGCUGCUGGAGUUUGUGGAGCGCCGCCGCGUGGAGGUGAAGGAGCUGAUCCGAGCUCAGGAGAAGGCUGAGGCGGCUCGGGCGGAGAACCAGGUGCAGCAUCUGGAGCAGCAGGUCUCCGAGCUGAGGAGGAGAGACGCCGAGCUGGAGCGGCUGUCGACCAGUCAGGACCGACACCUGAUCUCACAGCAGAUGUGUCAGUCGGACCUCGGUCCAGAUGUUGCGGGAGCGAACCGCUCUCUGACCAUCUGUCCACUUUCCUUCGGGCCUGUGAGACGAGCCAUCUCCGAGCUAAAGGAGCAGCUGGAGAGUCUGUAUCUCAGAGAAUUCCCCAGUAUCACCUCUGCAGUGAAAUCUGUGAACCUCCUGCAGAUGCAACAGGUCAACGAAGCUGCAGAAUCUGGUAAAUGUCCAGUCGCCCUGGCUCUGAACAGCAGGAGUGAACUGCUUCAGUACUUCUGUUCUCUUUCUCUGGACCUGUUCACGGCUCACAGGAAGCUCUCCCUGUCGGGGGGGAACCGCGUGGUCAGUAGGAACGGAGAACUCCAGUCGUACCCGGACCACCCGGACCGCUUUGACAGCUGGUGCCAGGUGCUGUGCCGCGAGGGGCUGCAGGGCCGCAGCUACUGGGAGGCGGAGUGGGGGGGGAGCGAGGUGGUGCUGGGCCUCACGUACGAGAACAUUCAAAGAAAGGGAUCUUCUGACAAGUGCCGACUGGGACACAACUUCCUGUCAUGGGGUCUUUGCUGCAGCUCCUCCUCCUUCAGCUUCUGCCAUGGCACGGAGAAGAAGGCGUUGGCGCUGGCGGCUUCCAGCUCGCUGUCCCGCCGGGUCGGGGUGUUCCUGGACCACCAGGCCGGAGUGAUCUGCUUCUUCAUGGUGACGCCCGGAGGAGUGGUCCUCCUGCACAGGGUCACGACCUCGUUCGACCUGCCGCUCUACGCUGCAGUGUGGCUGGGCUCCGACUCCAGUGUCACCCUGUGCACGCUGGACUGACGCAGCACAGACAUCCAGACGCUGUGUGGGUCGGUGGAUUGAAUGUCAUUCGGUAAAAUUCACUCGAGAUACCUCAGAUGAUAAUGAAAGAAACUUAUAGUAUAGAAAGUAAAGAAUAUAUAGAAAAAUGCCAAACUAAGAUUUCUGUCCUGAAACAACAAUGUGGCAUUUUUAAUAAUUGUAAUUGUGUUAAAAAUCUAACAUAUAUACUCAUAUCGAUAUGCAGGCUUCUAUACACUACAUUUAACUUUAUUAGCCUCACUGUUUAUUGUAGUUCAGAAUAUAAACAAGCCUUUUAUUCAUUUCCACUUUAUUUUGGUGUGUUUUUUAUGUGUUUAAUUCAUCAAAUAUUGGUUGAUGAGUCCGGCUCUAGAAUAGAUGCCGUUACUUUACUGAAAACUCGUUGUAUAUAACGUAUAAGACUCAAAAUAAUCAGUGCACGAUAAGAAGAUGGAAGAAUAUAAAUAUCACAGGAGGAAUGUUCUGGACAUUUUCCUUCUAAACUUCAAACUACAUUGUAAGAGACUAAUUAAUUUUUAUGUCAUUUAACUUUUUUGAUGAAACAAACAACCCACAGUGUUUUACAGUUUGUACAUCAGGAUUCGUGCCUUAGUAGGAAGACAUUUUGAGGGUAUUUUCACCUUCAUAUUAUUGAGAUGGAAACAGACCAAAACAAAUAUCUGCUUGUUAUCGUCCAACAGGUAAAGUGAGAUGUGAUCGUUGCUUGAGUGAACUGGUCUGAAAGAACUGGUCUGAUAUGUAACCUGUGAUUUAAAAAACACUUGAGACAAGAGUUCAGUGCUCGACUUGGAUUUUAAUUAUUAUUAUUAACCGUUAACACAAAUCAGCAGAGAAACAAGGCGUGACGAAAGACGGGAACAAAACAAAAAGACAGACGGGAUUAGAUCUUGUUGAAAGCAGCGACGUCGACACUCUGGAUCUGAAACAGAACAAACAGGGAACAGGUGAGACUGGUGUCGUGGAAACAAGAUUUAAAAUGUAUAAACUUUUGUUUACGUCUCAUUUAUGCAGCAAUGUACCGACUGUGCCAGUUUAAUAGGUACACCUAACUUCAGGUUGUCUAAUACUGAUAAAUAUGAUCUUCCUGAAGGUUAUAAUGUUCAGUUUUUGUAUGAACCUGCCUGUCAAACCCAAGUGUCAAUUUCAACCAUUACAAUAAAAAGCAAGUUGACGAAGA